GCUUGUGGCUCAGAAUAGAAUUGUGGGAGAGUUUUGCUGGAAGUAGGAGAGCACAAACGCUGAGCGCCUGGAAGAAUGACCAGUUGACCGGAGAGAAACAUCCCAGCUAUACGGGAAUGUGGCGUAUGUGUGUCUGAAAGUCUUCUGUGGGGUGUUCAUGGGUGUGACGAACUGCUGGUACAGACACAUUGGUUAGGAUUUUAGUGGUAAGACCUCAGGACUCAGUUGAGCCUAUAUGUUCCUGCUGCUCCGUGUGAUGCCAUCGUCUUGUGAUCAUAAUGGACGACCAAGACAGAGUGAGCCAAGCGUCCAGUGUGGCUACCAUUUCUUACUUUCCAGUCAUGAAGGAAAGUGACGGAAAGGUGCAGACGUUCGGGAAGAGGUGUCAGGCCGCUAAAAGAGACCCUAACUGCCCCGUGGUCAUCAGGGGAUGGCUCAACAAGAAAGACAGCUCUGGUCUAAAGCUUUGGAAGAGAAGAUGGUUCGUCCUCUCCAACUACUGUUUGUAUUACUACAAAGACAGCAGAGAAGAAACCGUGUUGGGAAGCAUUCCGCUCCCAAGCUACAAAAUCCUGUUCUGCUCACCGCGAGAAUGCAAGAACCGAAAGUUCACCUUCAAGGUGGUGCACCAGGGGAUGCGCUCUUAUUUCUUCAGCGCUGACACUCAGGAGGAUAUGGUGGGCUGGGUCCGAGCGCUGACCCGAUCGGCUGCGAUGGAGCCAGACAGCGCCAUGAGCAGGCGUUGCUCGAGUUAUCAGGACUUUACGCAGAUCGGAGGCAGCAGUGAAUCGGUGGACUUCCCCAAAUCCCCCACAGAGGCGGAGAGCUCAGCUCAGAAACACAUGCACGUCAGCCGGACCCUGAGCGAACCCAACCGGCUUGGCGGCAGGUCAGGGAGGUCCCAGUCGGAGCACUGGGGCAGACGCAGUGCUCACAGAAACAGGAGCCCUUCAAACAGAACACCCAGCCCUCCUGUUUCACGCAGAAGAACUGCUCCAAACAGGGAGGAAGACUCUAAUGACGAAAACUGCCCUCAGGCAGCAAUCGUGGGGUCCGGCUCCUUGGGGUCAAGGGGACAGCUGGGCUCUCGGCCUCAUACGCCGGUGGGAAGGGUCGACAUUCGGCCCCAUGAUGAGCCGGUCAUGGUGUACUACACUCCUGCCUCCCCUAAUCUGGAGUUCAAGUCUGCUCCCACCACUCCGGUCACAGAGAGAUGGCAGAGCCUCAGCAAGCCAGCAGCCUUGUACGGUUCGGUUCAUCACACACCAAGUGGGCGAAGACCUUUAGCAAAGAGCCACUCCACAGGGGCAGAUUUACUGCCCCCUUUACCCCCUUCAUCGAGGGCAGGGCACGCUUCCAACCCCUCAAAACAACAGCGCCAGCUUCACUGCAGCCAUGUGCCUGUUUCUGUGCUUCCGCCAGCUCCGGCUUCUAUAUCUGAUCAGCGGGACCUGCAACCGUUACGACCUCUUGAAAGUGAUGCAGAUGCCGUUUUAACGCGUCUGUGUGGCUGUGACAAGCUGCUGCAGUCUCUGUCUGUGGAGCUCACUCAGCUGCAGAUGGAUAAGGAUAGUGUCCAGUGCGCACUGGAAGUGUCCAGGCUCCAAGUGGAAGAGUGGAGGAACCAGGGGCCCCGGGCCCUGGAAGAAGCUCUCAACCAGAAGUGUUUGUUACAAGAGGAGCUGGUAACGAUCCGGGCCAGAGUCUGCGACGUUUCUCUGGAAAUGGAGCGUGUGUGGAGUCAGUAUGAGAGGAUGGAGAGUGAGCUCUCUGUGAUCCGUUCUCACCUUCAACACAUCUGUAACUUUGGAAUGCCACAGGAGCAGUGUCAGGCUCAGAGAGAGCUGUGGAUGAUGGAGGACAUCCUUGAUGGGCUGAAGGUCAACAGGGAUUAUUUCUCUUUCCUGCUGGGACUACAGACACAUCACAUGUUCCAGCUGUUGGCUCCACAUCCUGGUUCCCCUACGUCUCCUACAGAAGGGCUCCAGAUGGGACUGCCAAUGGAUUUGGAACAAGAGCCACCAGUCCGCCCACCGUUACCGCUGGAGCUUCAAGAGAGCCGCCAAAGUCGGGACCCGAGCCAUGUUUGGCCAGAGUCCCAGUAUGAGGGAAUCUACGAGCAUGCUGUUGAUCCUGUUGACAGAAGAGAAAGCAGUCAGCCUGACCUCCUCAGCGUGAAAGCACAGAGAGAUGCGACUGAAUCUCAAUCUGGUUCAAAGUUGAUACCACCAGACACGGCCAACCAACCAACAAAGAGGAUGAAAAUGAAGAUGAGUGAGGCGGAGCAGAUUGAGAGGAUGAAGAGAAAUCAGGAGAGGUUGGCUAAUAAGAGGAAACCUCCAGUGGCUCCUCAGGGACCCCAGAAUCAGAGUUCAGAGACAAAAGAUGAGGCCCCGUUUCCCUUGAGGGUUACACGGGUUGUCACAGCUGUGCUGCCCUCCUCACUCGUGGCCCGGAGAGUUUCUGUCGAGGAUCCUCCAGCUGAGCUUGACACUCCGCUGCCCGAACAAAUCCUCCCGGAAAAGCAGCAGCAGCAGCAGCAGCAGCAGCAGCGACCGCCUGAGCCGGGCAAAACGCUACUGAGCAAACCCAGCAGGCGGCUGCUUACGGAGAGCCCCGAGUCAAGCCAGGCCUCCUCUGAGCUGCACCAGCACCAGCCUGUGAAGAGGGCAAGCAGAACACAUCAAGCAGCAUCCAGAGGCUCCAAAAUGGAGACACUUUUAGAAGUGAGCAGAACUGAAGGAGCAGAGGCCCCAAGAAGUGAGGAACAAGACCUGACGGGGUCAGGAAGAGGACAGGAAAGCUCAACAGUCAGGGCAGCUGAAGGGUCUUCGGCCCCUGACACGGACCCUAAUGCCAGCCUGCGCUCCGAGCAGCGAGAAGCUAAGCUGCGACGAGUGGAGCGAAUAAGAGAAAGAGUGCUGAGAAGCGCAGCCAGAGAAAGUGCUUCAGCAGAGAAUCAGCGUCCAGUCGGGGGAGAGAAGAAGGAAGUUCGCCGAGCUCCCUCUGAUAAAGCCGGAGAACAGCGGCUGAAAGCAGAUACCGGGAAGGACGGCUGUCUGGGUAACUCGCACACAUCAGCCGAUUGUCAGAGUGCAGCAUCUCAGGGCUGCGAUGAAGUGUAUGUAGUCAGCUCAAAAAGUCAGGUCCAGUCUGAGAGCGGAGCACAGCCCAGCGGGAGAGCAGGGUCCGCCAACAACAAAAGCAAACGCUCACCUUCUCCAUACCACGUCUCAUCCAUGACUGUCUACCAAAAAGACGGAGGCAGAGGGUUCGUAAAGUGUGACAAUGAAGAGCCCGGAGAAGACGCUGCAGAAGAUAAAGACGAAACAUGCAACUCAUCCAAUCUGAGAACUAAGUGGUUCCUGUCCACAAACCAGUGGCAGGGGUUCCUACCUUUACAGAUCCCCGCGUUAGAGCCGCUGUCCAUCGAGGAGAACGAGGAAACCGACAACCAGCCAUGCUGCCCUGACGAGGCUGCUGACCUCAGCGAAAUGUCGUCCACAGUGAGUGAAAGCUUGGAGAAGAUGAAGGGGAACCAUUCGCUCUUCUAUAAGAUCGCAUGUGACAUCAGUAUUUCAGACUCAGACAUAAAGAGUGAUGAUCAAGCCUCAUCAAGACCAGAAGAGGACGAAGUGUUGGGAUUGGAAGAAACAGCGCAGACGCGUAACACCGCGACACCAUCUGAUCAAGAGGCCAACGAUCCCAGUCAGCAUUUAAGUUUGGGUGAAAGUGGUGAAACGGCUGAGAACAAAUCCCCAGAGUUAACGAAUGAAAUGAGUUCAGUGGAUCCAGCGUCCGCGCCAGAAGGACUACGCCCAGCAGACCAAUCAGGGAGAGAGAGUGGGGCUGGAGCUUGUGACCAGGAGAGGGAUUUUGAUCAGGCACUGGAGGGGCAUACUGAGACAAGAGAGAAACACUGCGUGACAGAAGAGACCGAAGACCUGAAAGUAAACCAAGAGAUACCCGAAGAAAUAAAGAAGUGUUCCAGUGUAAGUAAGGAGAACAAGAUGGAGGAGGCAGAGCUAGGGAACAGACGCUCCAUCAGUGUGUCAAACAACGGUGGAAGGAUAAUCCGGAGUGCGUCGUUUGGGAAGCCAAGAGUGACAGUUUUAAGGACGAGUUUGUAGAACGAAGGACGGAGGAAGUUUGUCGGAUCUGAACCUCAGAAGUGCUUUGAACUUUUUCACAAUUUGUCCCGUUUCGAACCCGGGCUUUAUUGUCUUUUAUUCGGAUUUCAUGUGACAGACCAAAACUAAAGGGCAUAAUUAGGAUAUUUCGAUCAAAAUCUGAAAGCUGUGGUAUGCAUUUUUAUUCUUUCCCUUUUUCUCUGACAGCCUUUAAUAAAAUUCUGAGUAACAAAUUGUCUUUAGGGGUCAUAUAAUUAGUAAAACAAAGAGCCGACACGUGGGUAAGGUUAUAUAAAUGUAGCUGUUCAGUGAAGGCUGUCAGGGUUUGUUAGAGAACAUUAGAGAACAAACAGAUUCCUGAAGGCCAACACAGCAGACAGGUCAGGGAGAACGUUCUGCAGGUUUCCUGACCACAGAGACCUGUUUUAAUUCUGCAAAACCUACAGAGAUCCACACCUGUGAUUGGAGAAUCCAUCUACAGGACAUCUCUUCAAACCACAAAUCCGUCCUUAAUGGAAGAGUAGCAAAAAGAGAGCCAUUACUUAAAAGAAAGCCAUAAGAAGUCAAUUUUCCUACUUAUCACAGUCCAAAGAGACAAAAAAUGUAAUGAAGAAGGUGCUCUGGUCAGAUAAGAACAAGUUGAACUUCUUUCUCUCCAUGUAAAAAUGCUUUGAGUGGCAGAAAACUAACAAUACGCAUCACCCUGAGCACACCAUCCACAGGAGAUACAAUGGAUUGGUUUAGCUUAAAGCGUAGUCACCUGUUUGAAUGGCCUAGUCAAAGUCCAUAGAGUCUUUCACAAGACUUGAGAAUUGUUGCUGACUGCUGCUUUUCAUCCAAACUGACUCAGUUUAAGCUGUUCUGCAAAGAAUAAUGGUUAAUAUCAUCUAAAAUAUGCACUGUUUUGGUCUCUGUAUCAAAUACCAGUAAAACACUGAAGUCUGAGGCUGUAGGGGGACAUAACGUGAAAAAGUUGGAGGGGUGUGAAUACUUUCUAGGCGCAGUAAGUGUCUGUUGGAGAAUACCAGAAGAGAUUUUGCCUGAAUGAAGUAGACUGGGCCCAACUUGUCAGAUGGGAACAAACAACAGCCGAAUAUUUUAUAACCAUCAUCAGCAAACUUGAAUGAUUGAAUUGUUGCAGAAAAUGCAGGAAAUCUGCCAUUGAAAACAUUAUUUAUUCAAAUGCAUUUGUUCUCCUGCAACUACACGGGUGCAAUCAGAUAUCCUAUUUAAACGCUAACACUUCCAUUCCUUUUAAUGUAUGCAUCUAAUACUCACUGAAAUUACAUACGACGGUUGUUGUUGUUUUUGUUGUUGUUGGAAACGUAAUCCUGUUGUUAUCGCUGUGAAAAUGUGUCUUUUUUUUUUUUUGUAUCUCAGACGUCCUGAAUUUUAAUAAAGAAGCAGUGCGCCACAUCAUGGCACAGGCUGCGUUAAAGGUGUA